CAAGAAGCUGCAGGGAUUUAUUUACAUGCUGAAUGGAUCUUUUGACAUUUACCAUUCUGAGCUGGGGUUUACUGCAGAUUUCAGCCAAGGGUUUGGCAGGAAGCAAACAACUGGAAGAUACAACUUCGACCAAAAUGACCGAGGUCUGCUCCAGCACAACCCAGAGCUCCCAACAAAUAUUUUGCUGCCCUUGCUCCUGCAGCCAGCCAUAGAUGUCACCAGUGUGUCCAUAGAUGUCACCAGCACCUUCCCUCCUGACUUCAGACCAAGCAGGCACAACUCCAAGCAGGAGGAAGGCAAAAAAUAAAGGAGUGCAUUAUAAAUUGCAAGUAGAGCUGCUGUGUGAUCCUUGAGGAAGGGAGAGAACAUGGUUUCCCUGAUGACAGCUCUGCGGCAAGUAAUUAUUCCUAUGAUUGUCCUGUCCCACGCCUCAGCAUCUCUGUCAUCCCGGGAGAGGACGGAGCGCCACGCGGAUGGGCUGUUCCACAGCGAGCUCAGCAAGAUGAACGGCAAUGCCUACGUGCAGCAGCUGGUCAAGAACCUGGUGGGCCUCAAGGACAGGUCCCAGAGGCACUCGGAUGGGUUGUUCACCAGCGAGUACAGCAAGAUGAGAGGCAACGCCCAGGUUCAGAAAUUCAUCCAAAACCUCAUGGGCCGCAAGCGCAGCUCUCCUGGCCCAAUCAACACAGACAUGCAGGGGAGAGAGGGAGUGAACAACCCUGAGGAACUUUGCUUUCUCUGGUUGUACCAGAGCUUUCUGAACACCAGCCGCUCGGACAGAGAUGCCAGGGAGGCUGCUGCCAUUACCAGCCAGUACAUUUGCCCCUUCUCUAAGCAGCUGGUUGCAGACAUGAAGGAAGACACAGAUGAUUCUGAAUAAGGUGAAGAGAAAGAAACAGCCAAGGAGACAUGCAUGGCCUUGAAAAUAAACAGGGAAGCUCUUGUUUAGGAAAAACUCUUGAGAUAGGCAAAUAAAUAAAAAUAAUCCUGGAAAGCAGUCAAAAACCAAUGAAACCUCUGAGAUUAUCCAAAGUGAAUUGUGUGUGGGUGUGUACUCCUGUCAGUAGAUGGAGCCUGAGUGAAGCACAAUCCUUCCACUCUGUAUUGACAUCUGGCAGCCUGUGCUGAUCCCAA